UAAAUGGAUAGAAGAUGGUUUGAUUAAUGAAAAAGUUGCAUUUAUAUCUUUUAAUGAAUUUACUGAUUUAGAACAACUUGAUACAGGAGGUUUUGGAAGCAUUGUAAAAGCAACUUGGUUGAAAACCGGGGAAUGUAUUGUAUUUAAAACAUUGGUAAAUACAAAUACUUUCAGACAAGAUACCUUUAUUGAUGGAUAUCCUCCACCAUUUAAAGACAAAAAUAGUGGGACAAUUAGUGCUAUUAUUAUUAACAACAAAGCUCGUGAAAAUACUAUACCAGAUACUCCUAUAAAUUAUGAAAGCCUUUAUAAAAAAUGUUGGGAUCAAGAACCCGAGCAAAGACCAACUAUUACAGAAAUAUUAGAAGAAUUCUUAAGGAUGAAGUUUGUAAAUAAACCGAUUAAAAGUAAUAAUUUGUUUGGAUUGUUCAAUAACAAAUUAAACAAUAAAGUAAAAGUCAUACAUUUUAAUGAGUUAAUAGAUUUAAAACCACUUGAUGAAGGCGCCUUUGGUAGUAUCAUAAAAGCAACUUGGUCAAAAAAAAAUAAUUAUAUUGUCUGUAAAAAAUUAAAGCGCAAAUAA